AUGUCCCAUACAAUAUUAAACGGAUCGAGAUCCAAUUACUCUUUGAUCGAUUUGGAGGGUGAGAAAAUUAGUGACGUCUGUCGAUACUGUGAUGACACAACUUCCCCAAAAUCAACUUGGUAUGUUUCAUCUAACCGUCUCACUGUAAGUGAUUACAAGAUACUCAUGGACAACGGAUGGCGUAGACAUGGAAAUCAGUACUACAAAACAUUGGGGCAUAAGACUUGCUGUCCACCAUACACCAUCCGCUGUGAUGCUGAAAAUUUCCGAAUCUCAAAGGCUCAAAAGAAAGCGCUUAGUAUAGUCUCCACCUUCUUGAAACGCGGCGAAAAGCCAACUGAAGCCACAGACGAAAGAAACGCAUCAAUUAUGUCAGUUAUAAGUCAAUCUGAUAAUUCCUACGAAUUUAAGCCGUGUGCAUAUUCUUCGAAAAGUGGUCAUAUAACAGAUGACCCUUCUCAACACGAGAAGCCACUUAUCUCCUGUUCCUCGGAAGAUUCAGGAAUCUAUUUAGACGAGCAUGGCAGCAAAGUUAUUGGAAGAUCGGGUUCUUCAAAGAGGAAACGAUGGCAGGCCCUAAAAGAACAUAUGGUAAGGAAGGCAGAAAAGCUUGGUGUUCCGUAUGAGGAAAUUAUGCAACAAUAUCUGGAAAGACGAAGGCGACGCCUGGCAAAGAAUAAGCCUAAGGAGAUUGAAGAAUACCUGGAACAGGAGAUACCCAACCAGAACUUUGCCCACACAUUGGAUAUUAGACUCUGUCGUUGUGCACCUCAGUCCGAGGAAUUCAAAGCCACCUAUGAGCAGGAAUAUGAUAUCUAUUACAAGUAUCAAGUUAUCGUUCACAAAGCAAAUCCAUCCGAGGCUAAACGCGAAGAUUUCAAUGAAUUUCUAGUAGAUUCCUCCCUUGUGAAUGACCACGAUGAGAAAGCCCAGACAGCUGGGGCACCCCAAUUCGGUUCCUAUCAUCAACAGUACUGGUUGGAUGGAAAACAGUUGAUUGCAGUAGGUGUUAUUGAUAUCGUUCCCGGGUGUUUGUCCUCAGUUUACUUCUUUUACGAUCCCGAAUACUCCUUCCUUCAUCUUGGAACUUAUUCAGCUCUCCGGGAAAUCGCCUAUAUAAGGCAUCUUAAUCGAACCUACGGUUCUUCGGUCCCAGCCUUAUCUACUUUUACCCAAUAUUACUUGGGAUAUUAUAUUCAUUCCACUCCAAAAAUGCGAUACAAGAAAGCAUUCUCCCCUUCAUAUCUUGCUUGCCCUGAAACUUCCAACUGGGUCCCAAUAGAGAAAUGCGGGCGGCUUCUUGAUAAAACCAAGUACACUCGACUGGCUGACUGCAAUGAAAAGCGACUUCUAUCAUCAGUGUCAGAAGAUGAACCAAGGCUCCAACUAUCUUUCUCAAACGAUUUGGCUAACAAAUUGCAUGAUAUAAAUUUCACGGUUGAGGGCGAUGCAAUUAGAGUGAAUCUGGAAGAUGCUGAAAGCCUACUUUCACAGAAAGAGCUUGACUUAGUCCGGGAAUGGUUUACUUUGGUCCCUGAUUAUGGUACAAUGUAUAUUAACUGCAAGAAUUAA